ACAUUUGAAAGUAAUGUUAUUUGUCUAAAAUUAUUUUUCACCAACUGUGUUAUCCAAAGAGUAUCUUUAAAAUUAAUUAUUAAAAGUUUCAUCUUAACCUUUAGAGAUUCAUAGACUCCAGUCCUUUGUCCUUCAUAAUUUUUUUUGUUUUCUUAUUAGCUUUGAUUUUAAUUGUACCUGUUCCAUGUGUUCUGGAAUGACAAAAGCAGUCAACAGUUGCAAACUGAGUGACCAGAUCCACAGUAUCAUUCUGAGCUGUUGACUUUCACUCUGAAAUAAUUUUGUCCAAUUGAUGGCUAAUGCCAGCUUUUUGUCUUAGCAAAUCUUUCCAGGUAAUGGACUGAGGAAUAAAGAGAGUGCAUGGCAAGUCUGCUGUCACAUGCAAAUAGGUGUGACUAAUUGUUUUUCUGGAGCAGUGUGUCCUUGUUUUGGGUGGCAGAACAAAAUCCCAAGCCUUUAGUUAAACGUGUCAUGUACCUGUGUGCAGCUCAUUCAUGUGACUGGCUAGAAACCUGUGUUGUUCCCUUUUUUUUCAUGGCAUUUUGGCACAUCUUCUUUAAUUCUUGAAUUGGUUUCUUUUGGAGCUUUAAAAAAAUAUUAAAGCACCCUCCUAUAAGAUACAGGAUAAAAAAAACUAGGAAUCAGUUUUGAAAGCAUCUAGAAUAAGCUUUUCACUUUAAUUAUGUUUCUUAAGUAAAAGGUGUUUUGAAAUGAUUAGACCAUGGCUGUUAGUCUCUAGUAAUUAACUGGUUUUGCAGUGAAAAAUGCAUAAGUGCUGCAAAGUUUUUGUUGUUUUUUUCUUCUCCCUCUAUAAAAUAUAUGAAACUUAGGUACAGCCUAAUCCUGUUAACUAGAUUUGGUUUGUAGUAACUCUGGAAUGAAUGGUGUUCUUUUAAAGAAGAGUGUCUCUUACUUGCUGUGGCUUCCUGGUGUAGUGUCUUUGGACACUGAGUAGGGCUGGUGCUGUAAUUUAUUUGCAUAUAAAGUAGUUUUAUUGCUGUCCUUGCUCUAAGAGAUUGAUUCUCUGCUUUCUGCCCAGAUUUGGUUGUGACUUGGUGCACCUGAAGUCUCAGUAGUCUGCACCAGCUGCUCUGUAGGGUUUUGCUUUGGUUUUUCUUAGCUGUUGGUCACUGUAAAUGUUAGCACAUUUAUUGUCUUGGGGAGAGCCCCUGUGCUUCUGUUUGGUGUUUGGGGCUGUGGGGAGGGGUGGGGGCAAUGUUCCAUUGCCUCAGGGUUUCCACAUCAGUGUGAAACAGGCACACUGCUACACAAACUGAAUUUCUUCCAUCGAGGGUUGAUGCCACUCUAAGGCAGUUCUGCUUUUCCCUUUGUGUUUUGUGAGCUAAUUUUUGUACUGACAAAAAUUCAAACUUUGAAGAUACUGUGAACUUUUAAAUUUGACAUCUUUAAACUAGUAUUUAAUGUCUGCAGACUUGGAAAAAUACUUAGAAGUCUGAAGUGAUAUCAAGUCUUGAAAUCUGAAGACUUCAGUGAGGGCUGAAAAUCUGUGUAGCCAAGUGCUGGUGCACAGUGAAUGUAAUGUCUCUGAUGUUUGAAAAGCUGCUCCUUAGUGUGUGUGUAUGGAAUCCUUGGGAGCAUGUGUCCCUGGGGAUGGUGUAGACUGUGAACACAAGAUCUGAGUAUCUCAUAUUAAAAAAGAAAAAGGAAACUAAUUAAUGAAUUUAAAACAUCAGGCAUGAAAUUCAUGCGUGCAAGUCAAGCAAGGACAGAAUAACUUCCAUGGAACAUUGGUUUUAUUUGUUGAGAGGACAAAGAGAUGGGCCUGUGGGCACAGGGAUUAUCUUCAGAGGCACAGUGGUAGCAGUUUAGUUUUCUGUCCCUGAACAUUUAUUUGUUGCACAGUGUGGGUUUUCAGUGCCAGUAGAUGAAACACUCAGAUAUGAGUCCUGAAGCUUUCAAAAUAUAUCUAAGAUUUGUCAGUGUUAAAUCUUUAGUGCUAAAGGGAUUGUCUGAGAAGUUAAGAAAUCCAAGUUUACUUCAUCCAGUUCUGGUAACAUCAUCUUGAACAAAAAGCACCAUUUCAGAAGGCAGAGGUACCUUUUUUGAAUAAAGAUGAUUAACUUAUCCAAGCCUGUUCUGAUUAAAACCUCCAACUGCAUGUUUGGAGAGAGGAGGAAGGGAGGAAUGUAAAAAGGCUGUGAGGUUAGCUGAGGUCUGCAAGUGUGCUUCAGGAUUUGGCUUAGGGUUUGUGCACUGCUGUGUCAGGUGGUGAGAAAGAGCCCUUUGGCUGACCAAACAGCAGUGCCUCAGAGGAUGGUUGACUCUCUCCAUCCCUUUUUGCUGUCUUGCAUCCAGGAUAAUUUGUUUUAUGCAGUCACCUGCUUAUGUUACCUGUUAUUAAGCUGUAAGCUGUCCUCUUUAAAAACAAAAUGAAAAAAUAAAAACCCAGGUUGUGUUGAUGAUGCUCAAAAAAUUCAGCCAAGUCCUUUGUCAGAAGACUGUCUAGUCUGGCAGUGGCGCGCCAGAAUCAAUUGCUGGA